AUGCAGAUCGGGCUGCCCUCUGGGUUUUUGCCGAAGGACCUUCCCCCGGUUGUGGUUCUGGGAAACAGCGCGAACAAUUUACUGUUCAGAAUUCCACCUGAUGGUUUCGACUCUGACUCCGGCACUUGGAGUGUGUGGCAUCAACCUACGGGUCAAACUUCAAGCCAGCCGUGGUCCGUGGAAACAUCGGUAAACCUAGUCGUCGAAGAUCUUGAUCGCAAUCUGACGAAUAGCCAGCACUUCAAGAACCACCCUGUAGAGAAAGCUAACCUCCUCGCCUCUCUGAACAAUCUGGGAGCCACCGCCUUUAGCUUACAGCAGUUGGUGCUAGAUCUCGAAAAUGCGAUAAUGCAAACACUUCCGCGGCUCGGCGGCAGCCUCAAAGGGUCUGAUGUCGAGGCCUUACUCACCAAGUAUUUUGUUAGCAUCUACUGGGACAAUGCCAAACAGAUCGGGCAGCCUCUCAUCUCUGUUCAUGCCGUAUCGGACUCUCCAGAUGCAUCUCAGUUGCAAAUGACUUCAUUCGAGCGAGCCGAAGGUAUCAUUCAAAUAUCUCAGCCGGCGUCCAGCGUGGACGAGAUUAACGAAGGACCCAACGUGAAUGACUUCGUCAACUUCUUCAUCAAUCUCGAGCAAACUGCCAACGAUAUCAAGAAGAAAGUCAGCGGCUUCACCAGCACAACGCUAAAAACCUUUGACUUCAGAUCCUUGCAGUCCUUCGUUUUUCCUGGAGGAAAGGUCUUCACGUAUAAAUCUGCCACAUUCUCUAAGCAUCAAGAUCUUAUCUGUGCUAUCACGUAUGUGAAGCCGAGCCCAAAUCAAGUGCCACAGGAUUGGAGCAAACUUAACCCAGGCAUCGCACCUCCAUUUCCGAUUCCUGGUGGCAAUCAGGGUUUGCCACAAGGCGGCCCAACUGUUGCACCUCCAUUCUUUUUGCCAGACCCUCCACCACCAAAGGGUGAUUCCACCCCAGCAGUAUCAACAGAUCAGAAUACUAACACGUUAAGGCCUUCAACACCCCUAAAGCUGACAUAUUCAUCUGAGAUGAUGCGAAACUACGUACAGGGAGCGAUUGUGUCACCGGUGGGCAAGUUUGUUGGCCUGCAGUCGGAUGAUGGGCAUACUUUGUUAUUCUCCACGGGCACAGACAAUGUACUUAAUGUGAUUGAGGAGCAAAAUGGCAAGACGCAAACUGGCUGGGUGCUGAAUGACAUUUCUUCUGCAGCAAUUUCAUCUACUAUCCGAGAGGGUAAGGUCCGCACUUUCGAUGCUGGACAGAGUGUGUUUGAUGGGACCAUUGGCCUCGCAAUGGCUGUGACAUCUGCCGGUAUUUCUGGAGUUUCUGCACAGCUAGUCUAUGUGCCAAUGAUCAAUGUGUUCAGUCGCGGUCCUCCUAUGCCAACACGCCUCACUAUGCCUGGCAGCGCAACUCCUUCGGCCAUUGCUGCAGCCUGGAACGACAACCAAAGUUCGGAACUGCAUGGAACCCCCGAUCUCUACGUGACCAGUGGCUCGACACUUUUUCGUUUCAGUGCUGAGGAUCAGGAGUCUGACGGUGCCCUCGGGAAGCCUCUGUUGACAAGCAAGGUCAUCUCUGAGACCAGCAAGUUGAUCGCCAUGACACAUAAUGGGGUGACCACUCUGUGGGGGAGAAACGGUAGUGACGAAGUCUUCUAUACCUCAUGCGCUGCUAAUACAGUGUCUGACCCUAAGUCUUGGAGCUCUCCUGUCCCGAUAUUGUUUGGCAUCGAGCAAAUAUCUCCUUAUGUCAACAAAAGCGACGGAGGCAAUACCAUCUUCGCUUCAGGCGCAGGUAAACUGCAGAAAUUGGUCCAGGCAACCGGGACCUCAUCAAAGAUGUGGCAGGCACAAGAAAUCAAGCUCACAGCACCACCAAGGCAGGAAUCGCUGUCAUUCAAUUCAUACACUACCAGUAUUCAGGUUGCAGACGAGCAAGGACUGCCUGCACGAGGUUUGGAGAUUGCUGUUUCUGCCAAAGUUCGAUCUCCAGUGUAUAUCAACGGGAUCUAUUAUAUUCUACAACAAAGUCCUACGAAAGUGGCCACAGACUCUGCCGGGUCUAUCACGAUCAUAGAAGCAACCAAUAGCAUCAAUGGCACUAUCAUCGCCGUCGCAGUGCCCGGUGCCGGAACCACGGCCAUUAACCCAAUGGAGAAGCCUUUCAAGAAGCUCGCAGCUCUUAACUCCCAAGGUUCACUCAUGAGCAAAUAA